UAUUUACAGCAGUGGCAACAUUGAAACAUUUCGAAAAAUGGCGUAGUAACGGCUCAGAAGAGGCCAAACACAAGCAUCGGAGAAUCAAAUACAUGAUUUUUAUUUCAACAAAAAUUGAAUUUUUCAGCAAAUAAUUGUAUAUUGAUUUUGUGAUAUGACUUCCGACCGCUUCAAUUUAAGCGAGUUCUCGGAAUAUCUUGACGAUACCGAAGGUCAUCGCUUAGCACAGUUUUUGCAGAAAAAGAGUGGCGCAGUACGUAAUGGUGCUAAACGGAUUUUCGAUUGUGAACCGAAGAGAUUUAGCCUAAAUGUACGUCUGAAGCGCUUAAGCUCACCACCAGUUCCAGCUGAUGUUGAUGAAGUUGAACACGAAUGUGUCAUACCUGAAACUCAGGAUGAGGAUAAUGAGAAUGAUGUGCAAAAUAAGGAACAAAGGGCAGAGUUAUCUGUACGAAAUGUAUUGCAACAAAACCUUUCACAAGAAAAUCAUGCGCAGUCAAGUGUAGCAUUGGAAAAUACUAACAACACACAUCAAAAUGGAACCGCUAUAAAUACUUCCUUACCAGUUAAGGUUAUGGUACCAACGGGUACCAAUAAAACAAUUCGUGAAAAACAAAGUAUGAUAAUAUCACCAGUGAAAUCACAUGAAACGAAUAAAACAUUAGGACCUGAAGUUGGAGUCCCAUCCAAAAUAUCAGAAACUGUACAGCGCACAAUUAUAACUGAACAAAAUGAGCCGAACGACCAACCGAUAGAAUCACCGUUGCCAAUGUGCACAGUAUCAAAUUCUCCAGUUCGAUUGAAUGAACCAAAUCUACGGGAAAGUCAAGCAGAAUGUCCUAGGUCACCCACAUUUCGAAAACCAGAAUUACCACUCCCCAUCAUUCCACGAACACCACGAUCACCAAUUUUAAAAGUUUCCCGUAGUGGAGGUCGAAGUGGCGAUCGUCUGCGUCGUCAAGUAUUAAAACGUCUGUCAAAUAUGGAGAACAAUGGUAGGCGCACUUUGCUUAAGGAAUUUGAAAGUACACUAUAUUCAUCAGAUUUUUCGCCACCAAUAUGCAGUACACCAAUGCAUCAUACACCCGCUGAGGAUGUACUAAAAACACCACCUCGAGUAAACAAUUCACAAAAUAUACUCAAAACUACGGAGAGAAAUGAGAAUAUUCCUAAUAAUGAGGCGUCACAGCACACACAAAAUGCUAGUGUAAAUCAACAAGAGCAAUCAUUACUGCAAAAUAUGGUUGAAGCUCUGGAAGAGACAAUAAAAAAAAUCAAAAGCUUAGAAAAUACUCAACCUACACGAACAGGUACACCCGAGUCGAGCAUAAAUACCACAGAGUUGCCUCAAACUCAACAUUCAUUACAACAAGCUCUUGUUCAGACUUCUAAUGGGAAUGCAGGAAAUUCAAGUAAAGUCCUUGAUACUGAGAAUUUGCUGCAGGAAGUACAAAAGGCACUUACUGAAUUAAGGAACUCAAAUAUGCAAUCGCCAAAAAUAGUUAUACCAGUAAAUCAGACAUUUAACAAUGUGCCCGCAGCAGUAGAAAAGCAAAUUGGUGCAAAUGAAACUAACACUGAAUGUGAAAGUGCCAAAGUAGCACAGGAGGCGAAGACAAAAACCGGUGGAAUAUCACACAACAAUAUACACGGUACAAACACAAAUUCUCAUUGUACACGCCAGCACACACUAACAGAGUCAAAUUUGAAUAAUACCAGCAAUUGUGCUAGUCCCAACAAUUUUAUAAAUCAUCCUACUUUUACACGCAACGACACAGCAAAAACUAAUCUACCGACAGACUCAAUACAAUAUAACAAUGCAACAAGUCGCGGAAGCUUACGCACCUGGUGUCAACAAACUUUUACAAAGCAGAAUGGUACACAUACUGAUAAAGUGCAUGGUAGCUUAGCACAUGAACCCCAAAAACAAGAACCCUCAAUAAGAAAGUGUAACAACCAAACAUUUGCGAAAUCACCCACAGCACCAACUAGAGAGCUCAGAAUGAGUGGUAAUCGAACGGUUUCUGCCGAUAUAAGCAACCCAAAUAUAUCCGGUGUUCAUUCAACACUAGGAAGGGCUGAAAAUAUGCGUCCUGCAACUCGCUCAGUUCAUACAACGUUAAGCAAUAAAACUUUGGAAGUCGAUUUAGUUAAAAAACAAUCUAUUGUCAAUCAAAAUAACAGUGUUGCUCAUGCCUCUAGAAGUACUAGAGCAACUAAUAGACAAGAAGUGCCCACUGAAACUGCUGAUAAAGAGAAGAGUGUUAAACAUGCACUUACAGAAAAAUCGAUCUCCUUGCUUUUAACUGAUGAUGAAGAUGAGGUAGAAGACACUCAUUAUACAGUGAAUAAGAGACACAUUUUACGUAAGAGUGGUCCUCUUAAUCUCGCCGCAGAAAAACCACAGACCACAAAGCGUAGUCGUCGUACAAUUAAACGCCCAACUAGAACGCGUACCAGAGCUUUAGCUACAUCUUUACUCACAAGUGAUACGGAAACAGAGUCUGGACCACCGCCAGCGCAUCCACUUAAUUUGCAACAUGUCAAACCAGUUGAACAUAAGAAAAUACACCAAUUAAGGCGACUACCCUUAAAUAAAGCACCAAGUACACCGAAAAAUGGUGAACUAUUCGCUGAUGAACUAAAAGCGCAAUUGGCACGUCUAACAAAUCAUGAGAUUCUUGAUUUGCGCAAACGUAAUUCGUUGAGUUUAAUGAACGGUAAACGUCUAAGAAAAUCGACCGCCGAGUUGAAGCAGGCUUUACAGGAUAAAUUAAAAAUUGAAGAAGAAAUCGAAAUGGAAAUUUUGCGGCGCGAAUUAUUGGGCAACACUGAUGGCUUGCAGAGAAAGCAGCAUACUGAAGUCGCUGAAAAUCCUAUGGAAUCAAAUGGAAGCGAAUCACAGUUGUUGAAUGACGUAGUUGAGGAAGUUAAUGACAUUCUAUUUGAUAAACCACCGCAAGCACCGGCCGCAUUUAAAGAUAGCUCUGCGUGUGCGACUAAAACAACUGAGUAUAAUAUUGAUGUUUCAGUGCCUGCUCCAUUUAAGGAUAACACUGCCGUUGUAACUGAUGCAUUAAAGGACAAUACCGUUGCUGCGCUUGUGUCAAUAGAGGAUAAUACUGAAGUUGUAGCUGCAGCUUCUGAGGCAUAUAUUGAUGCAGUCGUUCCUGUUACAACAACUGAUGACAAUGCCGAUACUGCCGUUAUACCUGCUGCCCCUGAACCAUUUCAGGAUAAUACUGAUAUUGUCACUGCACCUAAUGAAUUUAAUACACACGGCAACAUAAUGCACGAAACGCUCCUGCAAUUGACACGACGAUCGGAUUAUAAUUCCUCAUUAGUUGAUGAUAGAAGUAGUGAACGUGUUACGUUUGUUUCAUCAAAACUUAAUAAUAAAAGUACUACAAAUGAGAAAAGGUCGCGUGGACGAAAGAAAAAGUCAGAGCAGUUGCCGGAAGUAUCAAAAAAAUAUUUUGAAUUACAAAAAAGUAUUAAAAAACGCCGCAAAAAUAGCAUCUCCAAACGCUCGCUAUACUCCAAAGGUGACUCUUUUGACGAAGAUAGCGAACAUUCAGAUAAUGGAAAAGAUAAUAUUUCGAGGCUAAUAGAACCGAUACCACCUCCACCAACAGUUUCACCGGUAAGCGAAAUACAAAUAGCAUCACCGCCGCCACAAUUGACUGUUUCGACCGCUUCUACAUAUAUGCUGCCACGUUUGCCUGCGGAAGAAUUGGUUUUGCCGCCAGCGCAUUUCUCAGAUAGUAACAAUCCCUUUGCCACACAAGUGGCAUGCCAAACCGAUGAAGAACUCUUCAAAAAGCCCACAAAGCGUGCGCCACAUCCUUCACGUAAACGCAAGACACCCGAUACAAGUAUAUUGGCCCCUUGCAAUGAAAAUGAAAAGGAGGAAGGCAUACGUCGAUCGAAACGCGGCCAAGUGCCCCGGAAUCCAUCAUAUCUCACCACCAAACGGAACGGUCAUUCACUGUUCGAAUCACUGUUGAGCAAUGUUAUGAAACCGAAGCCUUCAACUAAAGCUCAAAGAAAGAAAACUAAUGAAACCAGCUCCAGCCACAAUAGUAGAUUUAAUUGUGUUGAUAGUAGAAGCGAUGAUUUGACCACACCAGUUGCCUCCAGCACAGUAAAUGUGACCAAUGUGAAGAAAAGAGGUCGUAAACCUAAACAAACGCAGAUGGCACAAACGCACGCGUUUAGUUAUCUUGGCGAAACGAAUGUAACAUCGCGCAGCAGCGUUAACUCACGUGCAAUUAUAGAAGAUAAUAUGUUCAGCACACCGUUGCAAGUGAUCGAAGAAAUACCUGUAGAAACUGAGGAGCAUGCGACUACUAGUUCCUUCGCAGCUGCAGCAGCGGCGAACGACAAUGACAAUGAGCUACCAACUACAUCCAACGCCAACGCCACCAAAACAUACAAAACCACAACGAAAGCAACUAAAACGACUAAAACGACAACGAAAAGCAACAGAAAGACUGCAGCAACUAAAAAGGAAACUGCGAAAGCGGAAAAUAAAGGCGGAACAAGGAAGAGGGCGACAGGCGCUAAAAAGAAAGAUCAGCAACAACAACAAAAAGAACAACAUCAAGAACAAGAAACAGACGCUGUUGAAGCAGCAGAGCUAGCGGUGGAUGAUGACACCCCAAAUCACUCCAGAGUAUUGGAGUGUAGCCGAGUGCAUUUGCCACCGCCACCGUCGCUGGAGAAGCUCAGUGAAAUGUUUGAUGAAUUGAAAAAUGCGGCCAGCAAAUCGCGCAUUGAAGAAACUGCAUCACAAGGUGCCGAAUCAAGCUCACCGACGGUGGGUAACGAUCGUGUACGGCGGUUGCGUGUACGUUUGCGUCGUGUAACGGCAGGUGACACCGACGACGCGUCGACCGGCACAAGCUCUGCAUCGACCAGUGCAGCAAACAAUGAGUCGGCACAAGUGACGGCAGGCGGUCGCAAGGAGUUGCUGGCGUGGCUGAAGAAUGUAUCACAUUUACAUUCCGCCACCGAUAGACAGCAAGUCUUUAUGGAUAUGCGACCUUCCACUGCAGGUAAAUUAUGUUUUACCGAUCUGGAAGGUAUAGACUAUGCCUUCUACGAUACCGAGGAUAAAUGUUCUCUAGGCUAUUUGCGCUUCAAGCCGCUGCAGUGCAAGCCUUCGAAGCGUGCGAAGAAAUAUCAUUUGCAUUUUGUUGUACUUGCGGGUACAUUUGAAUUUAGCACGGAACGUGAAAGCGGCAAUUUCGGUGUUGGCGAUAUGAUAGCCAUUAAUAUAGGUUGUCGCUAUAGCAUCAAGAAUAUGGAUAAUGAUAUAGGCAUUUUAAUGGUGAUAAAGAAGUAGUAGCAGUGCGCAUGCGCAUUCCGUUUAUGCUAAUACUCCUACGCAUGGAAUUAUAAAUAAGCAAAUAUACAUAUAUAUUUAAGUUAGUGCAUGCUCAUAUCACAUUUAUUUUCAUAUUUCGUAUUAUUUGUCAGUUACCAGUAUUACCAGUCACUGAAAUAAUAAACAAAAACUGUUAUCAUUUACAUACGUACGUUCUGCUCUUGUAUGUAUUUGAACUCGUUAAGCAAAAAAAAAAUUAUACAACAAUUAAAUAAAAUAAAAAUUAUAAAAUUAAAUAAGUUGAAUGCAACUCAUAAACUUAUUUGCAAACCCUGUAUUUGCGUGUAUUUGAAAAUUAUAUUAACUUUUUCAAAAGUCAAUGAAAUUUUGUUUAUCGUUUGUCUUAUAUUUAUUUUUUUCUGUCUUUCUUUAUUUUUGUAUAUAUUUCUUUAUCAACAAUGUAUAUAUGUAUGUAAGGAAAUUUGUAUAAAACAAUUUAUUUCUCAAGGAAGUAUUUUUGUGUUUUAUAUUUUCAAUCUUUUUUAUUUAAACAUCUUUUUUUAAUAGUUCUAGAAUGCUUUUAUAUAUAUGUAUAUGUAUAUAGAAGCCCGGUACUCUCUCCUGCCAAAUCCACGACGAUCCUUUUUACUAAUUGGACGAAUGAGACAGACUAAACAUUCACGUCGGUGAUAUACCAAUUAGGGCUCUUAAAAUUAUUCGAUUAACCUGAAAACCGAUUAUUCGAAUAUCCGGUUUGUAACCGCUCGUACGAAUAUUAAUCAGUUAGCACUAUUCGAUUAGUCGCAAAGAUACGACUAUUCGAAUAGUCGUUCUACAGCGGUUAUUCGAAUAGUUAUACUGUCACUAUUCGAAUACAUGAUAAUUGUUUGAAAUCCAAGCAGCCUUUGAUUUUUGUUUGCUUUUACUUGUGAAAAUGUCGAUUCUGCGCAUUUUUCCUGUGUUUCACAUUUUUCAAUAAAAAUAGAAAUUUAAUGAACUUACACUAUUCGAAUAGUCGACAACGAACGGUUAACCGAAUAGUCGGACGUGAGCGGUUAAUCGAAUAGUCGAUGGCUGACGACUAUCCGAAUAGUGCAAACCGAAUAUUAUUAUUCGAAAAUGCCCUAUUCGGUUAAGUCGAUUAGUCGAAUACCAAGAGCUCUAAUACCAAUACCGAACAAGAUUUUGGGUGUUACUUUUAACAGUCUGCACUCUGUCACUUCACACACGACCACCCGAUAAUGACCAAAGUACAGAGCCGAAACAAGAUCCUCAAAUCGCUAGCUGGUAGCACUUCGUGGAAAAGGACAAAGAAACGUUGCUGGCCAUUUACAAGGUUAUCGGCCGGUCAGUCGUUAAUCAAGCAACAUAGGUAUAAUCGCCUGGAUGCAAUAAAAAGUAGCAGAAGAAGAUACAGACGUCACAGUAUGCCUCUUGAUGUCUCCUGAACCACAUCUACAUAAUGGUACCGUUAUUCUGUCUGUAAAGGAACACCAAGCAGUUUCUAUUAGCGUAUUUUGGUAAAAAUUACCCACGUUCUCAUCUGCUGGAAACGGAAGCGCUUCUCAGGUGCAUCUAGAUAUGUCGACGUCAUAACGUAAUACGCCGACCAGAUAGCGGACGCGGGAACUUCAGACACGCCUUAAACGCCAUUCACAGCGGAGCAAUUAACACGUCCUGCGCCUCCCUCUCAGUGAAUGGUGUACUUGGAGUCAAACCGCCACCCAUAACAGACGAUGAGCUCGAGUUGCCACGUGAAACCAGUGUGAUGCAUGAGCAACUUCGUACUGUAGCGGGUUAAACUCCUACUUAUCCAGACUGAACCCGGCCACACAGAAUAUAUAUCCUGCAUGAAAUAAGUCCAAGCAUGAUACAAGUCAUCCCUUUGCAUGAAAAACGAAACCAAUUCAUCGAACACCCCUAUCCCUUUGACCCUACCCUGUUGAAACAGCACGUUUCCUGGGCCUACCGUUAAAUCACCGCGACGACAACAAGGCUUAUACUUUUCGUUUCAGCUUUCCAGCUUUGAAAAUGUUCGAUGCAGUACCCGACGUUUGAAGGAUCAGUUGGAGAAAGGAAGAAUGAAUAGCGCGCUGUUGUAAUCUCGACUAUAACCGCCUAAGCGAUGCCUACGUCAGUCAAGAAGAAGAUAGAAAACAUUACUCAACUGACAUUUUACUUCCAUUCAAAGUAAUGCGUGUGAAAUCAUGAACAUUUCAACCGUUUUCCACACUAUGGUAGUUCUCACUUACAAAUUGAAGCUAAUAAGUCAAUAUAUAUACAUACAUGUGUAGUGUAUAUAUUUUAAGUUUACACUAAAAUAAAGUGUGAGGAAAACAUUUGGCUACUAGAUUAUGCUUUAAUUAUUGUAAUAUAAUUUCAUUUCAAGUAUUGUUACAAGUAUUGCUGCUUACAGUUACUGCUGCUGCGUCCGCUGUGUGCGGUUGAGUGUGUGUGUAAAUGCAUAAGUGGACUGUGUGGAAAUUGUGUGCUUAAUUAACGCUUUCCUAGGAAUAUUUCUUUACGCACAAUAAUAACUUUAAAUUCAUUAAAUUAUUUAGCAUUGUUUGUUUGUGUGUGUGUGUGGAAAAUGCAUAAAUGAGCAGCAGUAAUGGCACAAUUUCUUAUGUCGAAUUUAAUUAUUAUUAAUAACGGUACAGACAUACUUGUGAAUGCACGUGGAAAUGAACCAUGUUUACAAUACUGCUUAAUAGUUUUAUAUUUUUUUAUUUUUAGUUUUUUAUAUUUUAUUUUAUUAUUAUCAUUUUUUUUUCGUUUACGCUAACAACCUUUCACCAACUUGCUUGCACAAAUUACGUAUACAACUAAUAAAUGAAUUACUGAUUUUAUUACUUAUCUUACUUGCAUUGCGAGUCUCACUUUUAUAAAAUUCACUUCAAAUGUUGUGUGUCAUACAAAAUUUCGCCACUACCAACAUACAUACAUAUGUGCAUAUGUAUAAAACUAUUUAUUUGGUUGCCAGU